AUGCAUCUAUGGAUACGAUCGUCAACCAUUGCAAAAUAUCCACAGUUAACACGUAGUAAGUCAAAUUUCUAUAACUUCGUCCAAAAAAAUAUGAAAAUUGCUCGACUUUUUGCACUAUUUUUGGCGCUUCUUAUUUUCAACUCGACAUUUAGCACUAAAUUCAUCCUCAAAACCUUACAAAAUGACGAUAAGUUGUCGAAUUAUGUCUGCAAAGUCACUAAAGACAUAAUUUCGUCCAAAAGUGACACUCAGGAUGUCCUCAUUGGAAAUUUGGGUGGGAAAAUGUGGUCGUUAACUGUCAAUGACAUAACUGGAUGUAUUGGAAGUCUAAGUGCUGUAGUUGUUACUAAUUUUGAGGAUGUUAUGACUGAAAAGACCCUAAAUAAGGCAGCUGUGAUGAUUGUAAUGUUUGGUGACGUUAAUCAGGUUUUGAUGCAAACAUUUCUAAAAAAGUACAUAAAAUCGACUGUAUGGAACCACUCAGUCAAACUAAUCGGCAUCGUUAAAGAUCAAAUGACGUGGAAACAACAGAUGGUAAUCAUCAAUCACCUGACUCAAUAUAGCUUCCUGAAUUUCGCAUUAAUUGCCAACAUUAAUCAAAGAAUUUUGACUAUCACAAUGAACACAUUCCUUGGUAUUGUCCAUGUCACUGAUAAGCUCCUAAGUGGAGAUUUAUUAUUUCCUGACAAGCUUAAAAAUCUUCAUAAUUAUCCAUAUCGAGUCCCAAUUUGCGAACAAAGUCCACGCGUAGUCAUUCAGAAUAGAGUCGUUCAGUCCCCGUGGAUUUAUUUCCUGAUUGAAGUGACAAAGCUUCAAAAUGCUUCAGCUGAUGUUGAUCUUGUUGAUGACUGUAGAGAGUUAAUUACUUUGUGGAAAGAACGCAAAAUGGAUUUGAGUAUCAACACUGCUGUUGUAUUUCCAAUCGAUUCAAAUCCUAAGUUGUUGACUUAUGAGGAGAACAGCUAUUGUGCAUUAGUUCCAUUGCCUCCUGAAACUUCAUCUUAUCAUCUGACUUUCCUUGACCCAUUUGAUGGACUAACUUGGAUGUUCUUUGUUCUCACUAUGACUUGUUCUGUUGCUGUCUGGUUGAUGUUUCGUCAUCGUGGUGCUGUCGAUUCUCCUUGGCUACUUGCUUAUAGCAUAUUUGUCAUGUUCAUUGGACAAGGCGUUCAUUUCAAUCCACAUAAUCGUUUGGUGCUUGUCAUUCUACUGCAGUUGAUGAUUUUUAUGAUUUUUGUCCUUAGUUCUGCUUACGAAGGUGUCAUCACAUCCUUUAUGAUCCAACCAAUCCAAGACAAUAGACUUGAGACUUUAGAUGACCUAGUUGCAUCAGAUUAUGAGAUCUUUUGUCCAGAUGCAUUUAUAUAUAUCAUCAAGAACAUUGGAAUGUACAAUCAGCUAAAGGCACGACUAAAUACAUCGAGGAUGGAAGUGAGUGGACAAUUUGAAGAAGAAAUAUUGCGCCAAAAAUCAGUUUUUGUUAUGGAGUGUGAUCGUGCUGAAUUAAUAUUGGGUUAUGAGAUGGACAAUGACCAAAUACUUUAUGACUAUUAUUAUAUAUUGAAGCAUAAGCUGUUUCCUCAAUUUGUCCGACUGGAAGCAAGUUAUCUUAAUCCGUUUAUUGAAAGACUUCAGGAUUACAUGGACAUUUCUUUCCAAGCUGGUUUGCUUCACAUUUGGAAGGUUUUUAUGCAUCUAAGUGAUCUUGAUCAGUUUAGUCAUAAACCAUUGAUAAGUUCUAACAUCCUUAAACUUGAAAACUUAAUUCAAGUGUUCAGCGUACUUGUAAUUGGUUAUGUGCUGUCAGCAGUUGUGUUGCUUAUUGAAAUCUUCUUUUAUGACACUCUGAAGAAUUUAAAACUUGCAGUUCUCGCACAGAAAUUGAGAAAUCGAGUAAGUCAGAUGGCAUAUAAGAAGAGGAAGCAGCCAAAGCAUCCAAAAUAUCAAAAAGGUGCACUUUACUACAUUAUUCAUAGACGCAAGAGAGUCAAGAGAUUGAGGACAAGGAAGUUGAAAGUUCGAAGGAUUUAUGUCCAGCCUAGGUUUCCUAUGGAUUAA